GAAGUGUAACUGAGCUGUUGUGUGUUUGUGUCUCUGUGUUCAUGCAGUAAAAUGGCAGAAGCCAGAUUUUCUCAGGAUGAGUUCAUGUGUCCAGUGUGUCUGGAUCUCCUGAAGGAUCCAGUGACCAUUCCCUGUGGACACAGUUACUGUAAGAUCUGUAUUACAGGCUGCUGGGAUCAGGAGGAUCAGAAGAGAGUCUACAGCUGUCCUCAGUGCAGACAGACCUUCAGUCCAAGACCUGCUUUAGGUAAAAACACCAUUCUGGCUGAAAUGGUGGAGAAACUGAAGAAGAUUAAACUUCCUGCUGACUGUUAUGCUGGAGCUGGAGAUGUGCAGUGUGACGUCUGUACUGGAAGAAAACACAAAGCCGUCAAGUCCUGUCUGGUGUGUCUGAACUCUUACUGUCAGAAUCACCUUGAACAACAUGAGAGUUUGUUUAAAGGAAAGAGACACAAUCUGACUGAUGCCACUGGACGACUGCAGGAGAUGAUCUGCCCGAAACACGACAAGAUCCUUGAGGUUUUCUGCCGCACUGAUCAGAAGUGUAUAUGUGUGCUGUGUACGAUGUAUGAACAUAAAAACCACGACACUGUAUCAGCUGCAGCACAGAGGACAGAGAAACAGCACCAGCUGAAGGAGACGCAGAGGUUGUUCCAGCAGAGGAUCCAGCAGAGAGAGAAAGAUCUUCAGCAGCUGAGAGAGGCUGUGGAGUCUCAUAAGCGCUCUGCACAGACAGCAGUGGAAGACAGUGAGAGGAUCUUCACUGAGCUCAUCCGCUCCAUUGAGAGAAGCCGCUCUGAGGCUACACAGCGGAUCAGAGAUCAGGAAAAGACUGCAGUGAGUCGAGCUGAAGGACGACUGGAGCGACUGGAGCAGGAGAUCAAUGAUCUGAGGAGGAGAGACGCUGAGCUGGAGCAGCUUUCACACACACAGGAUCACAUCCAUUUCCUGCAGAGUUUCCAGUCUCUCUCAGCUCCUCCUGAAUCUACAGACGUAAAUGACGAUCCCUUCAGUUCUCUCUCCUCUUUUGAUGGAGUGAGAGAAUCUGUCCGUCAGCUGAGAGACAAACUGGAGGAUUUCUGCAAAGAGGAGCUGAAGAAGAUCUCUGACAGAGGUAAAGUCCUGGAGAUUCAUCUGCUCUCAGAAAUUGUUCCCAGAACCAGGAACAACUUCCUACAAUAUUCCCAUCAGCUCAAUCUGGAUCUGAACACAGCGAAUAAAUAUCUCCAUCUGUCUGAAAAGAACAGAGUGAUUACAUUCACUGACACAGCGCAGCCGUAUCCUGAUCAUCCAGACAGAUUUGAUGUGUGGUUUCAGGUGUUGUGUAGAGAGAGUGUGUGUGGACGCUGUUACUGGGAGAUUGAGUGGAGUGGUGAAUAUGUGCGUAUAUCAGUGUCAUAUAAGAGCAUCAGCAGGAAGGGAGAGGAAGGGGUAGGGUGUUUGUUUGGAGGUAAUGAUCAGUCCUGGAGUUUUUCUUGCUCUUCCUCCAGUUCCUCAUUCAGUCACAAAAACGAAGUGACUAAACUCCCUGUAAAGUCCAUCAGCAGUAGAAUAGGAGUGUAUGUGGAUCACAGUGCAGGAACUCUGUCCUUCUACAGCGUCUCUGGAGACACAAUGAGCCUCAUCCACACAGUCCAGACCACAUUCACUCAACCGCUCUAUCCUGGGUUUACUGUUUGUUCUGGAUCAUCAAUGAAACUGUGUUGAUGAAUCAGAAUAGACUGUAGAGAGAUUCUACCCAUAACACUCAUUUCAAGAGUUCAUGUGCCCAUAUAAUCAAGCCAAACAGAUUUGGCUUGCUGUCUGCUAUAGAGGGGCUCGGAGAGAAGCUCAAGCGCAGAUUGACCCCCUAUAACAGGCAAAAUUGUACAAAAAGGAGGAGAGGGGGAGGAGGAGGGAUGUCGAAAGAAAUAACAACAGGAAAACGUAAGAUGGUGGUUUUAUACCUUGGUAUUAAUUGGAAGAUUUUAAUAAUUUCAAUUCAUUCAUUAAAUCAAGUCUCCUGGAAAAAAAGUCUAAAUUUCAGUCAUUAAUUACUCACCCUCAUGUUGCCCCAAACAGACCUUCAUUCUUCAGAAGUUAUAUUCAAUAACCAUAUUAGAAAUAUGGUGGCGUGUGUGCAGCGAAAUUUCAUUGUAUUUUGCAUAAUACAAUGACAGUAAAGACUUUCUGUCCUUCAUUUUUACUCGCAUUAAACUUGUAUAUUUUCACCUACUAAAAAGAUUGUUUAAUAUGCUAAUAAAUUAGUUCUAUGUGAUUUUUUUCACUGCACCAUUUUCUGUGUUCCUCACAAAACGACACAAACAUGCU